AUGGGCUGCUCCUUAACUGCGAGCACAUUCUCCUUAGUUGCUCCUUGUUUCGCCGUGAAAAUUCUCGUUAUACCGGCAACGAUGAGCCCACCAUGGCAGGCUGUUACCACCACGUGUUGCCAUAAUAUCGAGCAAAAGUUUGCCUGUGGCCAGUGAUGAAAUUUGCCGCCAUUUUGGUUGUCCUGGCCUUCGCCAGCCCCCUGAAUGCCUACGUGGUGCCACGCGUGGGAAACGGUGCUCUCGCCGAUGAGUUCCAAGACUUCGUCAACAUUGUCCCUUUCGACGAGAUAGUAGCACUCGUGCACGAAUACGUCCAACACGACCCUGAAGUGCAAGAACUGGUCAGCUAUCUGCAAACGAACGAGUUCAGGAACCUUGUCUCCGGCCUCGAACAUAUCCCUGAAUUCGUGGAGCUGCUCAACUACAUUCAAAAGGCUGGUCUCGAUGCGUACUUGCUGAUGAACCAGAUCAAUGACUACCUGCAUCUGGGCAGACUCACUCCAUCUGGCUUCCAUGCUGCAAGGGCCACCCAAGGAAUUCGCGGUUUACUCGAUCGAGUCGAGAGUAUGCUGAAUAUGAAGGAAAUCGACGCUCUGUACAGGCAAAAGCUUAACGGGUCCACGGUGUUCGCGCAGUUCAUACGUUUCUUGGGAUCACCCACCACCCAAAAGGUCGUUGACAUCAUGUGUGCCAACACUGUUCUCAACAACUUCUUGUUGAAGCUCAAGGGCUACGGUGUCCGGCUCCAGCUCGGCAGAGAUUUCCUACAGAACGAACUGGGUCUCCAUGUCUCCUGUGUCGUUUGAAUUUUUACACGUUCUUCCUGUAAUUGAAUGAUCUUUCAAGUUCUUUCAAGUUAAUAAAUAAGCAGAAGUAUAAUACAUUGUCUUAUGCAGUUCCUUCUAGUUCUUUCAUUUAAGAGACUUUAGACUGUCCGUUGAGGAGAGUUAGAUUCUUGCAUGUUAAUUUACCAAUUAAUGAAUCGUAAAUUUCUUUUUUACAAUCUAAUAGCUUCCAAACAUGUACAAGUGAAAUUUACCUUACGACAAUUCUUAAUGGUAACUCGUAAUUUGCGAAUUGUCCAAAUUUGCUGAUAAUAUGAAUUUCAUUCAUACGCGGGAUACUGUUUUCGUUAACAUUUUCUUCGUCUUUGACUUUGUCACGUUAUAUAACAACAUUUUCUCAGAAUUUUAUGUCAGUCCACACCAACUAGAAUUUGAAAUAUCGUAUCACCUUAUUUGGAAAAAAUGAGAUUUCAAGAAAUACACGUUGAGAGAAAAAUUUUAUUUUCACACUCUCGUGCACUUCUUUGCAUCACUCUGUUUUUAAUUAUAAUCUGAAGAGGUUAAAAAGAAGCGUGGAAGAAUUCCUUUUCUAAACCAGGACACAUAAACAAUAAUUAUUACGCUGCCAGUCGUGGUCUUCAAACAUUUAUAAUUAAGUUAAUUCUGCGAAAUCAAGCAAAUCCUUGAAAAUAUGCAUACAUAUUUUCAAACGCAUGCAUUAUAAAAAACACGCAACAAAAAAGAUUGAUUCUUCCAAACUUCUAAAUCAAAAUAUCCUACUAUAUAAUUAAUAAAAAGAUACUUAUUGAAUCGAAAUGAUUAUUAUCUCUGCAAUAAAAAAUUCAUAUCGAACGUAUUUUUACACUAUUGUACAUUAAAUGUUUUCUUGAAAUUAAUUUCACAAAUGUACAUAAGAGUAUACACAGGAUAAGAUACGCAGGAUAAGAUCCACUUGAUACACGAUAAUUCUAAGUUUAAUAAUGUUCUAUGAUUAAAAUUGAUAUAACUGAUAUAAAGAGAAUAAAGAAAACAUUCA